AUGUCGACCUCCCUAUACCCCUUAGCCUCCCUGGCGCAAGUCGAGAAGACGCCGUCCCGCGAGGACGGGAUCCCGGAGGAGCUAGAGCUCGAUUUGCGCGCGUUUGGCUGCAAACUGAUCUAUGAAGCCGGCGUGCUCCUGCGACAAAAGCAGGUAGCUGUCGCCACCAAGCAGGUAGCUGUCGCCACCGCGCAGAUCCUCUUCCAGCGGUUCUGGUAUGUCACAUCCAUGAAGCAAUUCGGGAUCGGAGACAUCGGGAUGGGCGCGCUGUACCUCGCAUCCAAGCUCGAAGAGUGUCCAGUGCGGAUGCGCGACCUCAUCAACGUAUACGACCUGCUACUCCAACGCACCGCGCACCGGGUCAAGUACCCGCCCGGAGCCUCCGGCGGCCCCGAGUUCAAAUACGUGCCGAUGUCGUACUUCGGGAGCACGUUCUACGACCUCAAGGACGCGCUCGUCGUCGCGGAGAUGCAGAUCCUCAAGCGCCUCGGCUUCAACGUGCACGUUGUGCUUCCGUACGGAACGCUCGUCAAUUACCUCCGGCUGCUCGGCCUCACCGAGCGCGAGGACGUCUCCAGCAAGGCGUGGGGCUACCUAAAUGACGCGCGAGUAUCCCUGUUGCUUUCUGUCCAGGGCUCCCGAUUGCAGACACCCGUAUACGCGUUGUAUGCGGUCCCAACGAUCGUCAGCGCGGCCAUAUUGUUGGCUACGCGACAGCUUGGGAUCGCGCUACCGUCGACGCCUGAGGCCUGCUGGUGGGAGCUGUUCGAUGCUGACUGGGAAGACGUCUGGAGCGUCGCUGGCUACACUAUGCGGUUGUACCGGGAACGUAGUCCGGACGAUCAGGCGCGUCUCUUGAGACUGGUCUCCAAGAAGGGCAUUCGCUUAUGGCUAGAAGAGAAUGCACCGACGAGCUCACAGAGCUGA